UAUUGAGAGCAUAUUUUGCCCAUUUAGCGUAGGGUUUUCACUUUCCUCGAAAAUUAUUUCCAUAAAGUUAAUCCUCCCUACUACCACUACUCAUUCAAUCCCAAGAAUCAAUUUCUAAAGAAUCCGGUCCACUUUUUAGUCGAAUUUGGAUUAGUCAAACAAUGGAUGAAUCGCACGUUUCUGAUAGCGAAGAAGAUUACGGAACUGUAGAAGCAAACAGCGGUGAGCGGCACGAUCGAUUCAGUGAGUUACCCGACUCUUUAAUUCUUACGAUCAUUUCAUUGUUGGAUAUGAGAAAUGUUGUUCGGACAUCCCUUCUCUCCAAACGUUGGAAAAACAUCUGGUCCACUAUCCCCUGCCUUGAUUUCAUCGAUUUCGAACAAACUCCAAGUAUUAUUUCUAGUGUUCUUUCACAAUGGAAAGGCCCCAAGAUUCUGAAAUUCCGCUUAUCUUUCCCUAAUUUCAUUGUGGGCCCUAGUAGUGUUAUGGAUUCAUUGCUGCAUUUUGCUAUCGAAAAACAAGUGGCAGAGCUUUUCUUAUAUUUUUAUUUUUGGGAAUGCGUUAAUAGUAAUGGGAAGGAUAUUUACUGCUUACCUCAGCCCUUGUAUUCAUGUUCGUCCAUUACAAAAUUAACUCUUGAGGUUUGUGAGCUGAGAAUUGAGGGUAAUGUGCAGUGGCAUCAACUCAAGAUAUUAAAACUUGUAUAUGUGGAUGGGUUGAGUGGUGAUGCCAUGAACCAAAUUCUUUUGGGUGCUCCUCUGUUGGAAGUGUUAGUUUUGGAGUCUUUUGAAAUUGGUGAAAACGAAAACUUCAAUAUCAGAUCUACUAGUUUGAAGAUGCUCAAGAUACACACGGAUUAUAUUUGCCCUGAAACUACAGUGCUGAGAAUUUGGGCUCCUAAUCUCUUGACUUUGAAUAUUUCCGCUUGUUUUUAUGGUACUUGUUUGUUGGAUGUCCCAUCUUUGACUGAUGCAAUUCUUUGUUUGGGGCACUACGGAGAUGUAGCAACACAAUUUGAAAUGUUUAAUCAUGUUUUUCGAAGCAUCCGCCAUGUUGAGAAGGUCACUUUAUCACAUUGGUGUAUUGAGAUGCUUGUCCAAUUAAAGACAAAAUAUAUGGUCAUGCCGUUGUCAAAUUCUAAGAUUCUAGAGCUUUAUUAUGUAAAUGCCAAAGAUAUACUUGAUUUGGUUGAGAUGAUGUUUCCCAAGCUGGAGAGGUUAAUCGUUGAUCAAGGCGACCAGGGUUUUGAUGGUACCUAUGGUGAAGAGGUUCACAUUGCUAUGGUUGAUGCAUGUAAUUCAUUGGCGUCUGCUAAGAUGACUUUUCCCAGUCCCUCUCUUCUCCGUCUAAAGACAUUUGAGGCUACUUGGUCUAUAAGCAAACCUUCAAUAAUUCCGGUCAUACAAGUUCUGUUGGAAAGCGCUCCCGUUCUUGAAAAGAUGGUUCUUCGACUAAGGCAGGAUGCAUCUUAUCCAAAGACAUUCAUUCUGGCACAAGAGAAGGUGCUGAGUAUGCCGAGAUCCUCUCCUACAGCACAAGUCAUCAUAACUGAUGACUUUGGUAUAACUGAUAAGUCAUCCUCUACUUGCAGCUGCAGUAGCUGUAAUUAUUGAUGCUAAGCCUUUUUCUUUGGCAUUUUGAAUAGUUCUUUCUCUGCUGGAAGAUAUACUCUGUUUAACUAGAGCAAAGUUGUUGACUUAUUAAUUAUUAUGAAGUCUCCAGCUAGGGUAUUAUCAAUAGUUUUUGCUAAAAGAGCUAAAGUG